AUGACUGGUGUGAUUGAUGCCGUUGAGUUUCGCUUGAUCCACCGGCCCUAUAACAGAACGACGGACCUAAUGACUAUGGCGGAUGGCGGUUAUGACCCAAUGGGGCACAUCCAGACGGGUCGUCCACACGCGGGUGCCUACUACCUGUACCAGGCGGCCGCCAUCGCCCUGGAGCAGCAACAGCAUCAGCAGCAGCAACAGCAGCAGCAGGAACAGCAGCGGCAACAGUUGCAGCAGCCACCCGAUCGCGGAGCGGCCGACCUAUCGCCGGCACCACCGCAGACACCUCAGCCCCAGGCGCAGUCCCAGCCACGCUCGAACGCGGCCUCCUCGUCGGACGAUGGGCACGAGAACAACAACAACCUGCCGGCGGCCGCCAACAACAAUCUGUUCCGCUCGGAGCAGAAGAAGCACAAGCGGAAACGGCUGUCGGCGGUGCUGGACAAGCUCCACAACGGUGGCACGGCGGUGGUGAACCACAACAACAACAACGUCGGCGACCCAGUCUCGGUCCCGGUCGGGUUUGCGCUCAAGUGUGGCCUCGAUUCACGCUCCAGUGCCGAAGAUUCCGCCACCGAGGACAUCGUCUUUCCGUACUCCGCCAGUCCGCGAAUCAGCAUCAGCCCGCUGCGGUUGAGUGAGGUGGACGAGAAUCGACCCCUGCCCCAGAAGCGGCCAGCCUCGAAGCAAGACAACACCCAGCAGCCACCGGCGGCAGGGCUACCGGCGGUCCUGCCGUCACCUUCGCAGCGCCUGGCGCUGCAACCGUCGCAGAUCAAGCAGGAGCAGCUGGACCAGCAGCACCUCUACAAGAACCUGCAGUACUUCAACUCGCUCGCCCUGUUCCUGCCCGACUACCUGCCCGACUCGACGAAGCUCCUCUACCAGGAGUUUGCCCGCCAGCGAAGCCAUUCCGAUUCCGAUCUUCACCAGCCGCCGCAGGCGCAACCGCCUCAGCAGCAGCCUCCCCAACAGCCGACGAGGAAGAAGAAAAAGUCCAGCCAGGGUUCGGGGAAAGGCUCCCAGUCAGGGAAGGCCCGGGAAAGGAACGGUGGUGGUCAGGCCCAGGAACAGCCACUCGACCUGUCGAUGAAGUCGUCCUGCAGUGGCGGCUCGGGGCGGCUCGGAUCGCCCCUCGGAUCCUGCCUUCUGUCUGCCUCGCCCGUGAUCAAGCUCGAGCCGAACAGCAGCCUGUCCGACAGCCCGCCACCACCGUCCGCCGCCACCGGGUCGUCGCCUGUCCCACCAAAGCUGAUCGUGAAGCGGGAGGACUGCGGUGGUGACCGCCACCACCGGAAACCACCUGCCUCACCGUACGCCACCGGGCACCUGAAUGGGCUCGGAGGACACCACCACGGUUUCAACCUGAACGUAUCGCCCGUCGUCGAGGAGAUGCCACCCGGGUCGGACGUGGCGUACAUGUGUCCGGUGUGCGGGCAGCUCUUCUCGCUCCAGGAUCGGCUCGCGAAGCACAUGGCAUCGCGGCACAAGAGUCGGACCGGGGCGACGGACAUCACCAAGUCGUACAUGUGCGAGGUCUGCCAGCGAUCGUUCGCUCGCUCCGACAUGCUGACCCGCCACAUGCGCCUCCACACCGGCGUCAAGCCGUACUCGUGCAAGGUCUGUGGCCAGAUCUUCUCCCGCUCCGAUCACUUGUCGACCCACCAGCGCACGCACACCGGCGAGAAGCCGUACAAGUGUCCGCAGUGUCCGUACGCGGCCUGCCGCCGGGACAUGAUUACCCGCCACAUGCGCACCCACACCCGCUACGAGUCCCAACGGGGUGGAGGACCCGGGCUCGGUCACACUAGUCCGCUGCUGAUGGACCAGAAGCCGAUCAUGUUGCCCCUCGUCAGUCUGGGAUCGUCCGGGCGAAGCAUCAAGAAGGAGCUCGUCGGUGGCGGAGGUUUCGGUGCCACGAACUACGUCCUGGAGACGAAGACUGAAUCGUAA